UACUGGAAGAUUUUAGCUCAGCAGACAUGGACAAGUUUCGUUUCUGUCUGCAGGAUCGCAGGGAGGAGCCGAGGAUCAGACGUGGCUCUCUGGAAGGGAAAGAUUUGUAUGCGCUUACAAAUGUCAUGGUUUCCACUUUCACUGAGCGCGGAGCUCUAAAAGUGACUCUGGAGAUACUGAGGCAGAUGAACUGCAACGAGCAGGCAGACACACUGGAAUCAAAGACCAAAGCCUGUAUGGAUAAAGGUGACCCUACCUUCCCUAAGACCUCGGACGGGAAGUUGGAGACAAAGGCCUCACAGGAGGCUGUGAUCUAUGUGGCCAGCCAACAGCAAGCUGUGAAGGAACCAAAAGAGUUGGAGGCCGAAGCGAAAGCCCAAAUUAGCUCUGAGGGCGGGGACCUUAAUAAUAAGAGGCUCGUUCUGAGCCGCUAUAAGAUUCAGUUUGGCAAGUACAAAGGUCAAACCUUCAAAUGGCUGCUGGAGAAUGACGUGGGCUACACCGCUUACAUUGCGGCUAGUCACCAGGAGGAUCGUAAACACACAGCGCGUCAGGACUCGAUGAUGGCCAACAAGGAUUCCUUCACUUGCUACGCGAAUGCAUAUCCUGAGAUUCAGAAGGAAGUCAGAUUUCAUCGUGCUGACAAAAAAGCCAAAGAGAUGUCCCUUCAAUCAGGUCAAAGGGGAAAGGCACUUGUUGGCUUUGGUAGGUACGGACAGGAGACACUGCAGAGCCUGUACAGGUCAGAGGACAAAGACAAAAUCAGCUAUGUCAACUUUCUCCGCAACAAGUCAGACUACGAACCAGGGUCCAGAAUGGAGACUGCUAUCAAAUACAUUUUACGGUGUGACCAACAGCGGGCCAGGAGGACACGUGCCAGAAGACAGCCUAACAGUGUCUCAAGGCCCACACAGAGGAAUCAGAGAACGAGCUGGAGAAGAACCUCAAAUAUGCCCCGUUAGUGUGCAGCAACAUGACCUCCUGUGACGGAUUUGUUUUAUCAGGUAUCAAUGAGGGCUGGACGCUUUGGA